CCGUAGGUACGGAUAGAAAAUGAUUAUUGUUAAUCGAUCUGGCUCGUCUGUAGAACACCAUCAAAGAAACGGCUUUUAUCAAGUUUUCACCGCUAUCUCCGGGAAUGACUGCGGCCCGAAUUGAACUGGUAUUAAAGUCAAUGUGAAUGGUCGCAGCCAGCUAAUAUCAGAGAUUAAGGUGCCUGUAUCAAUGCGGAUUAUGAUGGAAUAUAAAGGCUAGCCGAGCCUCUUUACCAUCUGUGCCUUGGUCUUGAAUCGCUACCUCUCAAUUCUACCUUCACACUCACACAAAGUUCCAAAGAUUAUAGCCUCACACCACCAUGGCCACUACCCCAUCCUCAUCAGACCUCAGGAAGGUGAUUGAGGCUACUGCAGAAACGUUUUUGGCAUCGUUCGAAGACGGUUCAGUCCAGAACGACCCCGCCAUCAUCAACCGCACCCUCACACCAGACUGCACUCGACACAUACUCCCUUCCAGCGUGUCUGAGGUCCUUGGUCUGCCGGCAAAUUUCAGCAUCGACAAUGUCACGUUCCAAGAAGUCUUUGCUAAAGACAUCAAAGCCCUCAAGUUCCGCAACGGCAUCAUUUCGAACUUGGUUAUCGACACUGAAGCUCGCCGCGCUGCGUUCACAUCUAUAUUUGAUGUGGUGGUAGUAGGUAGCGGGGAAAAAUUCGCCUCGGAGGCCAGUUUCACCUUGUACUUCAACGAAAAUGGUUCUAAGAUCACAAAAGUGAUUGAGUUCCUCGAAAAAGAUUCGACUGUAAAGAUGGCAGGCGUUCACAAGUAGAACAUGCCGAAUAGCAAUUGAAGAAUUCCCCUCAUACAUAGCGCGGUGGUGCGUUUCGUUACAGGCCGUUCGAGAUCAAAAGUCAGCGUGCGCCUCUGUAAUUAGCCGCUAGAGAUGAUAGAUCCAUGAGUACGAAUAAGAUGUGGA